UCUAGAGAUAAAAAAAGUGUAUUAUAUUUUUGAAGACGUAUGAGAAAAACCAUUCUCGUGACUGUAUAGUUUUUUCAUUUUUUUAUCAUUUUCUCCUUAAAGUACAUUGACAUUUCUUCUCCUCUUCACGUGUCUAUCAUUGUGUUUAAUCCCUUCAUUGACUUUAUUGUUCACAUAACUGUCAUUGAAUGUCCUUUUCUCCUGAUAGUUAUUUUUUAUGAUCUGUUACAUUCUGCAACAAAAAAUCGCGCGUUUGUUUUGAAGCACUUUACUGACUGAACCGAACCCGAUGAAUCGUGAACGCGCUCCUCGUCAUGACUCGGUUGUCAGGUGCAGUUAAUUACGUUCAUCACGUAGAAGAAGAGUGAAAACACGGACCUGAGAGGAUGAAGUACUUUGACGCUGUCAAUGAGUCUUUAACAAAAGUCUUUCUAGUGUUUGGUGAUUGAAAGGCUGAACUUGAAUGCUUUGGAUAAGAAGAUGGACCUGUGCCCGUAUGACAUAAACCCUUCAUGUGAUGAUCAGAUGUCUUUGAGUGAGAUUCUGCAGGUCCAGGAUCAGCCUGUGAGUGAGGAGCAGGCGUGGGCUCUGUGUUAUCAGCUGUGCUCUUUACUGCGCCAGCAUCAGUCCAGACACAAGACAUGGACCCGUGUUGUGUUGCCCGCCGCUGACGGAGUUGUGUUCUCCAGAGACGGAAACAUCUCCCUGCGGGUGACGGAUGACGGUACAAAUACUGUAAUGGAGACAGAGGAACAGGCUGUAGAGUUUGUGGGUCGUCUUAUCUACUCGUGUCUGGACUGGGGUCUGGAGACGCAGGUUGAGCGUGAAUUGAAUGAGACGUUGGAGAUCCUGGUGUGUCAGAUGACCAAAGUCAAUCUCAGCUUUUGUGACUCUAAGCCCAUGUGUACGGUCUCUAAUGUCAUCCAGGUCUGUAAGCACCGGCUGUAUGAUCCUGCUCAGGCCACGCAGCAUUAUAAGAACGUGUGUUCCAUUCUCUUCUUGCACACAGUUGAGUUGUGUCAUUAUCUGCAGAUGGUUCAACAAUCCAGGAAGAGUCUCCAGAAACUCAUCAUUGAAUCGGAGCCCAACUUGAUCGUAAGAGUGACCACAAAUUUGGUAUCUGGAUGGAAGGAUCUGGUGGAUGAGUUGAACAGGGGUGUAGUGCUGCGGCCAUUAACGAAGUGUGUGAACGGAACUAAAAGUCCCCUGCCAGUGGAGACCGCUCCGUUCGACCAGCUUCUGCUGGACAUUCAACGUAGGCGAUACACGCUGCGUAAAGUUCAGAGUGUUGUUGAUGACCAAAGAAAACAAGACCCUCACCAGACUCUUCUAGAAUACAUCCGCUCACGGCCCAAACUACGACCGGCCUCCGAGCGUAAGAUGGAAAUAAAGCCCAAAGAGCAAACAUGUCUCCACGAGCUGCUUAUGCAGGAGAUUCGCUCUACCAACCAUUGGAAACGUCUGGCACACAACAGACCUCUAGCCUCGAACAGCUUGACUGAUUAUGAAGAAAAUGAAGAUACUUUUCAUCUGAAGCCAACUCCACAGAGGAAGAAUUGGGAUGAAGCUCCUCAUCAACAACAUACAGAAUUUACAGAUUUAAACGUCUUCACUGGAAAGCGUCGGACCAAAUCUUUUGCCAGCAACAGAGAUUUCUUCAAAGUGGUUAAGGGGAGUCCGAAGGUGGCGGUUCUCACCACUAUUGUUGACGUCAAGAAAAUGCACAACUCUUACAAAGGAGACGUGAAAAACAUGAUGUGUGAGCGAUACAGCGACUGGCGGUUCUCUGCUUCUCAGGUUUGUUCUUGUUGCGCGUCGAGAAGCUUGUAUUUCACGUGGCAUAAAGUCUGCUCUCUGUGUAGUAGGGUUAUAUGCUCUGCGUGUUGUGUGGAGAUGCGUCUGCCCUCCAAGUGGUGCGUGAAUCUUCCACUUGGCUUCUUUAAGCAAAUUGUGAUGAAGGACGGUGAGCAAAGCCAGAGGAAUUUCUGGACUGAACGCUGGUCCUGGGAUUCGGCCUGGAUUCCUCUGGUUCUGGUGUCCUGCGGGCCGAGCUCGACGUCUGUUCACAGCCUGGCGAUGCGCGACUGGUACAGUCAGGACAUCUGUGUGUGCUGCCAGACACUUUUAUUGGAGACAUGCGACUCUAUGCUGUCCAGCUGCCCCAUCAAAGACUCUCAAGAGAUAUGAUGCAUGUGAUUUUGUUCUCCCAGCACUCCUUUUACAGUUUGUUUUCCUUUAUCUGUGUUUCAGCAGUGUUUGUUUUACUUUCUUCAUAUUUAAUGUUAAUGUUGGUGGUUCAGGGAGUGGCACUAUUUUGUUUCGAAAUGUUUUCCUUUUUUCAC